AACUGUGUUUAAUAAAUGUAUCUUUCUGGAAGGUGCCUUGUGCUAUUUUCCCAGCUCAGCAUGCUUUGCGUGAGAACAAGGGAAGCUUCGCAGACACACUUGAAUCUGACGACGCAGCCUAUCUGUGACUUCUGGAACACACAAACUCUUAUUCUUCACAAAUGCGUUCAGGAAAUUCUUCAACUUAUAAAGGGGAUGUUUGAAACUCAAGAUUGAUUCGUUUCACCUUACUAGGAAGGAAAUGUUCUGCACGGGAAGGGGAGGGACUCGGGAAUCCAACUGUAGCCUAAAUGCAACAUUGCACGCCGCAGUUCACGUUAAAAAUAAUGCUUGUAGUUGUAUUUGCGUUGUUGUAACCUGUUUUGGCACUAACGUGAUCUAAUUAUGUCGAUGGCAAUUUAAAGUGUGGUAUAAUAAGCUAAUUAGUUAUUUAAAAAAUAAGCAAGUUCGGUUACGGUAGGUCAAUCAUUCACUCCUAUCGGUGUAUCCGAAGUGACCGUGAACUUUGAUAUUUUAUACUCGUGGAUGAAAUGUACCGGACAGUCUUGCAACGAAAUGGUAGAAGUGCCUUUUUGGUGUUAAAUGAGUACUGCGGAAGAUCCAAUACGGGUUUAGGAGUUAAUGUGUUGUCACGUCGCACCAUAAUAGACCUCUCAUACUCCACACACUUCAUGGAUUUUAAAGGUUCGUCCAUACCAAGUUCAAUGAAAAAGCUUGUUGUUACGAAGCUAAGCCAAAAUUUUAGGAGCGCCGUUUCUUUACAAACUGUUCCAGUACCUACACCAGGCGACGGGGAUUUGUUGGUCAGAAAUCGGUUUGUUGGUAUCAAUGCCUCUGAUAUCAACUACUCGGCAGGGCGCUAUGACCCUUCCGUGAAGCCCCCCUUUGAUGCUGGCUUUGAGGGCAUCGGCGAGGUGGUAGGCCUGGGCCUGAGUGCCAGCGCCCACUUCACUGUGGGCGACACCGUGGCCUACUUCAGCGAGGGCGCUUUCGCCGAGUACUCCGUCAUCCCCGCCAAGAAGGUGGUGACCAUGCCCGCUGCCAAACCCGAGUACCUCACCAUGCUCCUGAGCGGCGCCACGGCCCACAUCGCCCUGCGCCGCCUGGGCGAUCUGAGGGAGGGCGAGACGGUGCUGGUGACAGCGGCGGCCGGCGGCACCGGUCAGUUCGCUGUGCAGUUCGCCAAGAAGGCCGGCUGCCACGUGGUGGGGACCUGCUCGUCGGACGAGAAGGCCGGAUUCCUGAAGACCAUUGGCUGCGACCGGCCCAUCAACUACAAGUCAGAGGACCUGGCCGCCACACUGCGCAAAGAGUACCCGCAGGGCAUUGACGUGGUGUACGAGUCCGUGGGUGGCGGCAUCUUCGACCUGUCCGUCAACUCGCUGGCUAAUAAGGGCAGGCUAAUUGUGAUCGGGUUCAUCUCGGGGUACAAGUCGGCAUCCGGACUCCAGCCUAUAACGGGUGGAACUCUGCCUGCCAAACUCCUGAAGAAGUCGGCCAGUGUGCGGGGCUUCUUCCUACCUCACUUCCUGUCUGACUACCGGGAGUCACUAACAGAAAUGAUGAAGCUGUUUGCCAAAGGGCAGCUGGUGUGUGAGGUAGACAGGGGGGAUAUGGACCCAGAAGGAAGGUUCGUGGGGCUGGAAUCUGUGUUCAGGGCAGUAGACCACAUGUAUGCAGGGAAAAAUUUGGGAAAAGUUGUAGUUGAGGUGGCCCCGGUGGUUGACAGUAAACUGUAAUUGCACUAAAGAUCUUUAAUGAAAAUCCUGUAAUUCCUAGUUAGCUGAAUGACACAUGAUUGUAAAUGACCUGAACUGUGAAUACAGAUUAAAUGUAAUUAUAUUUUUCAAUUUUUUUUUUUUGUUGUUGGUCCAAACAUAAACAGCCUUUUUGUUGGAGAGAAUUUUGAGACAAACAACAGGCAAUAUGAAAAAAUGCAUUAAAAUCUGCACUCUGAAAUCUACUCCGAUUAUUCCAGUUAUCGAAAAUCAACUCAGGGGAAAAUUGGGAUGUUGGGAAUGGGGAUAGGAAUUUAGGACUUUUCUAAACGGACAAGCUCAGAUCAAAUAAAAGUGCUCUUUAGUGUUCAAGCAAUUCAGUGUGGCACGUAGAAGACAUCUUGUUAUUGUUAUCUCUCUGGCUUUUUUCUUUUCUUUUCAUUUGUUUUGCGUCCUCCUUAGAUAUCACUUGGUGACAAAACCGCUAGCUAAAAUUCACUGAUAUUAAACAUUCCUUUGGGAGAAAUCAAGAAUGCUGCCACGCACCAAAAUAGCACAUGUCCAUACUCAUCAGAGCCAGUGCUGCUCAGAAUAGCAUUUCAUUGAUUAGCAUACAUGGCACUUCUAAAGCAGUCCUGUCUUUUAAGAGGGAUUUGGUAGGUGUAGUUUUUAAUUUCAAGGUGUGCUUUAAAUGUCAAUCUAGAAGUGGAGCAUGUAGCUUCAGUAUUUGUCUCCCAUCCUUUUCUGUCUUUUACUUUACGCUCAAAAGAUACCAUGUUUUCUGGAUAUAGUUGGGAUAAUUUGUAUUAUUUCAGUAAGAUUUGAGUGAUUUUCAUUUGUCAUUGUGCCAUAGUUUGUCUAAACUACUACUAUUUAUUUAAUCCUAAUUCAUCCAUACUGUUAACAAAUUAAAGUUGAAUUAAUUUUGUAUUCAUUAA